GUAGGUUUCCAAAAGUGUGCGCUACCUGAAUAGUUUGUCUUACAGAUUCUUAAUAAAGACGUUCUGUUGUCCUUUAAAGUUUAAACGUUUUCUAGCCACCUUAAAAAGUUAGUUUCAAACAUAUGGCUAUCUUUUCGAAUGUUAUGAAAAGUUUUCGUUUAUUCUAGAGCUACGGCCAUUCUUGAUGAAUAUCCUUUUUCAUGGAAGCAUAUUGUCUUCCGUUCAAAACAUGAGUGUUUUGCAAAUUAUGGAAAGUAUGGGUUGGUAAUAGGUUCGAUUGUUUCGCACUUACUGCUGGAACUCGUUUGGUUUCAUUAGCUUUCGUAAACAUGGAUUAGUUGUCUUAAUGCAAUAUCUUUAACGAACUUCGUAAGUCUUGUAAGAUAAUAAACAUCCACAGAGUUUUUAAUGGCUAUAUAAGGUAUUCACACACUUCGGGAUCUUUUGAUAGUGCUUCCAGUGCAACAUCCUUGCAUUUUCAUGUCGUGAAACCACUUUUAAGGCUUUCCCGAAAACCGUAAUUAUAUUCCGUAUACAAAGUGAUGACGGAAAUACUCUUAAGCAGCAUGGAGUACUCCAGCUGUUGUUGCAAGUGAUUCGGAAGGCCUGAUAUCACUCUGAAACUAAAUUCUGUUCGUCAUUACAUUACUACCCCGAACUCCCAAACCAACAAAAUUCUCUUUUGAUUUUAAACUUUUUGGCAACCUAUAUGGCCCUAAUGGAUUGACUGAGACUAAGAUUUCAUAAAAAUAUCAGAACCCUGAUUUUCCCUUCACAUAAACAUGCUCAUAUCCGUUCAGUAUUUUACCACCAAUACUUAUUUAAUGUUAGUAGGACCUAGUGGCUGCGUAGAAACCCAGACAUCAACUACUGUUGUGAAUCUACGAACUCAGCGGCAAAGGUUGACAUUAAAGGUCAAGUUGUUUUUGUAGAAUGGUCAUAUAGUUACGGGAUUCGUAAAUUGUUGUUAUCAGCAAUAAUUAAAAGGUACGCAAGUUUGGUGGUGCAAUUUAAAGAAUCUUUGCUGAAUCAAAUCGUCUCUGAAAGCGACUUGCUAGUGGUCUGUUAUCAAAACAAAUACUUGGAAGAAAUAAACAACACUGAAGAGUGAUUCUACCGACCUUCAAGGGUUUUCAUAAUCUUUAGCAGCCUUUUUACGAACAACAUAAUGUGAAUUGUAGAUCCCUAUUAUAUGUAUUCCUGAUGCUUCAGUAGUUUUAUCAUGAUUGCCAUACAUUUGUUCGCUAAAUCCAUUCUUCAUAGACCAUGUCUGGUAACUGUUCCGUUUCCGGUCAAUGUGACGAUCCCAUGAAUACCCAUCAAGCUGAUGGGGACGAUUUGAAGACGAUGGAAACGGAAACAAUAGUUGAAGAAUUUGUCAGAUUAAAGCUAAAACAAAGUGCAGGGAUUGUUCAACGCCGGCGAACUUCAACUGAUAUGGAGACACAAGCUUUAAUUGGUCGUCUUAUAGAAAUAUCAAAUGAGUUAGAAGCUCAAUAUGGCGAACGAUUGAAUCAAGAUGCUGAAAUGUGGAUCAAGUCAGCCACCUAUGAAAAGUUUCUACAGAUUGCAAAAGGAGUUUUUUCGGAUGGGAUUAUUAAUUGGUCACGAAUUGUGGUAUUGUUCAUGUUCGCUGUCAAAGUGGUAGUCAAUGCAAUUUCAAAAGGAUUUAGUGGUCUUGCUGGUGAUGUCAUAAAAUUUGUUGUUAAAUUUGUUUUUAUUCAUGGUAUAUACAAAUGGGUCGAGAGUCAUGGUGGUUGGGUAAGUUACCAGUUUUUAUUGGCUGGACUAUUUGCAUUAGUCAAUAACUGAACCUAAAAUAAUACUUGUUCUUUUUCAUCUUUAAUUAUUCCAGUUUUUCAUAGUGAUCAGAUAUUAAUAUCUGUUGGAGAACAAGGUAGAUAACUUGUACUAGAUUUGUACAUUUAUUCAGUGUAUAUAGUUAGAGUUGUUCGUUGACAGUUAAAUAUAAAGUAUUCCAAAAUUCAAAUUUUAAAUUUAUUAUUAUUAUUUAAACACAUAAACAUUGGUACAAGGAGGCACCAAAUAGAUAUGCACCACAUAAAUCAUUCGAUUUGUGUGAGGGCUGUAAUACUGCCCGGGUGCCCAAACCGAAGCAAGUGUUUUUCUUAGGGAGCCACACCCGGAGCCUUCGACCUAAAGGUCUGAGCCACAAGGCAGUGGAGCAACGUAAGGAGAUGCAGUCCCAUGGUAGCCGGUGACCCACGAUUGGUUUAUAUACCAUUUGUUCCCUCAGGGUACUGGAGCCCAUGUGCACCAUUGGUUUGGAAUCAGGGUUUUGUAUAUAUAUUGUUACCAAAAGUUCGUGAUUGAGCAGGAUUAUUCACGAAAGAUGAUAUUCUACUUGCUGAGAAUGUUCAACUCAACAUAGAAAUUUUUCGUAUUUCAAUGAAACGUAACAAUGGUUUUAAUGUAUUAAUUAGUUUCCAAUCUUCAUUUGCUCAAAACAACAACAAAACAAUUUUGUUUAGAACUAUCAGUCUACUUAUAUUUUACUAGUAGUGUAAAAAUACUAGACUUAAGCCUUACAAAACAGGCUAUCAUUACCUUCUGAGCUGAAUUCUCGAGGAUUUUUGAUCUGACCGUAUGUUGCUAUAAUGUACCACUCUACAUUUUUCUUAAUUCUGCUACUCCAUCCAGUCGUUGGAUAUAUAGACAAAAACAUAACUAGCUUUGUUAUAAUAACGUAUAUUAAAUGUAGUGUUUAGAUUUUACCGUUUUGAUGUACAUUUGUCCUUUAAGAAUUUCUAAAAUUAGUUGUAGUCUAAGCUACUUGUUUGCAACACCGACGCCAGUACAACAAACGAAACUUUUCUAUCCGCAUCUUCCUCGCUAGUGAGAGACUCAAUUUCAUAUAAAAGUUUUCUUGGUAGAGACCCUAGAAAAAAUGAUUUUUAUGUUAUGCUUAUAUACAAAAUAUUAAAAUAAAAUUAACAUUAUAAAAUGUCAUGCACAGCUGGAGAAAAUUAGUUUAUAGGUCACUCAUUCCCUAAUAAAUUGAGGCCCAAAUGUUGACCAGCAUGUCAUAACAAUUAAUGAAACAAUUCAUUUAUCUAUGACGGGUUUACUUUACUGAUUACCACUCAAGUUUAGUCUAUUUAAAGAUUAGAAAUACAGUCGUGAGAUUGUUAAUUAUCAUUUAAAUUCUCAAUUAUGUCCAAUUUCCCUGAAGGUAUGUAAAUGUGUACUUACCGUUGAUAAAAAGAUUCAUUUACCAAAAUAGUUUACUCACUAGCCAAAAACCAACAGAACAAUUGAAGAGGAUUAUUUAUUUUAUAGCUCGUCAACCUCAUAUUUCUUACGUAUUAAUUUUUGACAAGUCGUACUCAGUUUAUUACAUUAUGUCAACAUCAUGUCAACAAAUAGUGAUUUCAUUCUUGUUUUAUCCAUUCACAUUCAUAAUAGUUUCAUACUCUGUUUAUCAAAAAGUAGUACAUGAAACAAGUAAUCAUUUUCUUUUAAAAUUAUCUGAUUUAAAAGUUAUUUCACCUUACGUUUUUAUUAUUAAAUAUAUUUUAGGUGGCUGUUUUACGCGAGUAUACCCCACAUUCUAAUUCAAGUGGUCUAUUUGUAUUCGGCCUCACUCUGUUAAUUGUUUGCUUAUUGUUAACAAGAAAGAUUUAAAUAAUUGUUUGUUAUUAUUAUUAUUAUUACCUAUUUAUCUCUAGUUAUAUAUCGUUUGUUAAAAUUUCACAUGAAAUGGGAACCACACAUAUAUAAGUUCACUUGGAGCACUUUCAAGAUUAAUAUUGUUUUAUAUCGAUAUACUGUGUGGUACAUCACCAACUACAACCAUUUUUAAGCAAAUAAUAAGAAUGUCUUUGAAGUACUGUUAUUUCAUAUACUCGUUUAUUCCUUUUGUAUCUCCAUAGUCAGGAAAAUUAUUUAAAAUAGAUACAGUCCCCGAAUAAAGAUAAAAGUAUUCUCGCUCCUAGGUACCAUGUGACUAAUGGUGGUAAUUGUAGGUGAACAUAUUUUUUUCUGUAUCCUCUUUUCCUUUCUCUGUACAGUAGCCUCGUAUUAAAUUUGCAUUUGAUGAUUAAGUCAGUGAGUGAUUAAAAACCUAGGUGUUCUGUGUUAAUCCCUCAGCUGCUUUCUUCUCACUAUGUUAUACAGAAAGGACAUCGAUGAAGCAUAUCAUGUUUUAAAAUGCAAGUGAAUCUUCCCCACGUCGACUUCUAUCUAUCUCAUAAUUUGUAAUUCCUGGUUUUUGUUGUUCUUAUAUAUCACUCAAAUAUAUAUAUAUAUAUACUUGUAAAAAAAUAAACAGAUGGUAUUUUCAAACAAAAAUCCUCAACUUUAAGUGCCUUGUUUGCAUACUGUUAGUAACCAGGUAUUUUGUUUAUUGUUACUUGAUAAUAUUGCACGGUAUAUUUAGUCUCUGUUACGUCUUAAUGUUUUACUCUCUGUACGUGUUUCUGUGUGUUCGUUUUUCAUUAUUUGAUCCUUUUUAAUCAGGUCAUCAGUGCUCUAUAUCGCCUGUGCACAUCAAAUCUACUUCGUUCUCUUUCAAAGUUAAUUAUUCAGCGUCCCAUCGAUUUUGUUCUGACUGACAAAUUCUCGCUUUGUUGUCUUAACAAAUCGUAACAAAAUAAUUUUUUUCUUUCGUUUACUAUUUAUUAAACUUUGGAUCAUAUAUGUAGCAUUUUUUCCUUUUUUUCUACUAUGUGUAAAUUUUAAUUAUAUUUUGUCAUUGAUUAAUAUCAAAAUUGAGGUAAAUGUUACUUUUUAAUCUUAAUCAAUUUACGGCAAGUAUAAGCUGUUGUGCGUUAUUUAUCCCUAUGUAGUUUAACCUAAACAAUGUAAGAUUAUAGAAAAUAGUCUUUGUUAGAAUCAGAAUACUAGUUGUUUUGGUGUGCUAUACCUCAGACAUUUAGUCAGGAUUCCUGUAAAACACAGUAAAUUCGUUCGCCAUAUUUGAUUCGAGAAGUUUGUUGUUUACGUUUAUUCAAGAACUCUGAAAGUGAACGUUUGAAGAGAUUGAUUUACCUCUUCUUACAUUCUAAGCUUUCUUCAUGAUCAAAUAUCAAUUCGUCGGAGGGCGUAGAUAUAGAUUCCUCGCACUUGGAAGCUCCCAUGAGGAUAACGAAUGCGCCCAAUUCCUCAUGAGUUUAUUACGAUUUACUGACUUCUAUCGACCUAUUUUGGCGAACUACUAUUGUAACUCUAAAAUCUCUUACUCAUGAACCCUCAGAAUUCAUGUAAAGUCUUCGGAACAGUAGUAAAAACUCGUUACUGAUAAGAAAACAUUUAUUCCAUCUAACAAUUGUCGAAUGCCGUUAUAGUUCGUUCAGGUUGUCAGUAAGAAGGCUUACUUACGCCUGUUACCCCUCGUGGAGAAGUAUAGACCGUCCAUCAGCAUUCUCCAACGAAAUCUGUCCUAGGCAAUCUUUUCCCAUUGUUUCUAGUUGCUAUUCAUGUCUACUUCCAAUUCCCGACUCUGUGUUCUUUGGCUUUCCUCUCUUCCAUUUCCCUUCAGGAUUCCAAGUUAGGUCUAGCCUCGUGAUGUAGUU